CGUAAGAGUGAGAGCAAGUCAGUCAGGUCCUGCAGACUGAACAGACGCACCUGCAGCUCCGUUACUUUCACAGCGGCAGCACAUAACAGACAGGGCGAGCAUGGCAGCGGCAACGGCGCAGACAAUGGGGAGCCUGCCCAGCGGGGUGGGGAUCUGCACCACCGCCCCAGACAUCUUCUACCUGCCGGAGCUGGUGUUUGGUGGCUUGGUAUGGAUCUUGGUAGCCUCCUCUCACGUGAAGCCGGAGAACCCGCAGGGCUGGGUGAUGUUUGUGUCCAUUUUCUGCUUCGUCAUGACCUUCCUCUGGCUCCUCAUCUUUGUCUCUGGAGGACACAAGAACCACAGCAACUGGGCCACAGCGGACUUUGUGUAUCACCUGCUGGCGGCUCUUUUCUACCUCAGUGCCUCCGUCCCCCUCGGCACAGUAACUAUCUACAUAAAGAACACCACCCUAAUCGCAGAACCUGACCGCUUCAGAUACUACCGGAUCGAUAUUGCAGCAGUGGUUUUCUCUUACGUGGCCACACUGCUGUACUUCAUUCACUGCAUCCUGUCUGCAGUCCGAUGGAAAAACUUCUGAGCGAUAGAAGACAAAAAAAAGAAAAGAGAAAAAACAAUCCACCAAAAAAUCAGCGCAAUUAACCACAAGGGAAAAGACGAGGCAGCGAGCCGGACAGAGGGAACAAAGAAGGAUUAUUCCUAAAGGGGUCAUCACUGAAGAGUCGAUUCCCUUUCUCUACCAUCACUGCCCAGAUACAAAGUUUAUUCAUAUAUCAAUCACGUACGAGAUCUUCUACAGAUCAAAACCUGAUUAUAAAAGGACUAAUAACUUCCCUUUCUAAUUCUAAAUCAGCCUGAAUUCUGUACAUUUGUGCAAAUCAAAGCUUUUGAAAUGUGUCUUUUUAUAAAAUGUUAAAAUGCAAGCUAGUAAUUCCAGUCAAUCAACCUUUUUUUUGUACGCUCAAGGUAUCGCCCUCUAUUUCACGAGGAGCACGUUUUAAUAAAAGCUGUGCAAACUUAA